GGAGCUUCUUGUUUGUCUUAUUUAAAGACAGCAGACUCGCCUCAGAAGGCAUGUCUGUUUCCAGGAGCACGUUCUAAUACUUGCCCUGACCGGGAGCAGGAAGGAUCAUUGACUUUUCUUGCAUUCAGACGAGCAUCAUGUCUGUGGCCAACUAUCAGCUCACCGAGGAGCAUCUCUGGUGCUGCAUCUGCCUGGACGUGUUCACCAAUCCUGUCACAUUGCCCUGUGGACACAACUUCUGCAGAAGCUGCAUCCUGGAGCAUCUGAAUUCGAACCCUCAGCGGCAGUGCCCCAUGUGCAAGGAGCGGGUGGAAAAGAAGCACACGCUUGGGGUGAAUACGUUUAUAUCUGAGCUGGCUGUCCAGUACAGGCAGUCUGCAGGAAGGAAAGCCAGGAACAGCCCACAGCAGCUUGUCGUGAUGCCAGGAAAACCUUCUUGUGAUCUUCCUGUUGGACCUAAACACCUGUCCUCAAGGUGCUGUUUGCUGUUAGCUGUUACCCUGGUGGCUGUGCUCCUUUUCUUCACAGCUAACCUACAUUUCCAUCAAAAACUUAACAGCAACGAGAAUCCAUCGCUCAUUUCUUUGGUGGAAAAGACUGAGAACAUCUGCUCCGAGCACCAUGAACCUCUGGAGCUCUACUGCAAGAAUGAACAAAUAAGCAUUUGUCAGAGAUGCUGGACCUCCAGCCACAGGUUCCACCAGGUGGUUCCUGUGAAAGACGUAUACGAAGAAGAGAAGUCUGAGCUUGGGAAAACACAAGCCAGGAUCCAACAGGUGAUCUGGCAGAGACGGCUGAAGAUCCAGGAGCUCAAACACUCAAUGAAACUCAGCGAGGAGGCUGCGGACAGAGAGAUGGCAGAUGGGGUCCACAUCUUCACCUCUAUGAUUCAGACUUUAGAGAAAGCUCAGGCUGAGCUGAUUGGGUUGAUUGAGGAAAAGCAGGGAGCCAUGGAGAAGCAGGCUCAGAGUUUCAUUGCUGAGCUGGAGCAGGAGAGGUCUAAGCUGAAGAGGAGGCAGGUUCAGCUGGAGCAGCUCUCCAAAGAUCCUCUCCUCUUUCUCCAGAGCUUUCCAGUUCUGAACACCGUUCCACCGACUAAAGACUGGACCCAAUUGAGGAUCUGUCCGGUAAUAUAUGAAGGAUUGACGAGGACAGCCAUGGUGAGAGCCAUGAAUCAGCUGACGGAGGUCAUCAGAAAUGCAAUGAAUAAGCUGCGGGACGCAGAGACGAAGAACGUCCACCAGUUUGCCGUGGAUGUAACUCUGGAUCCUGAUACGGCACAUCCUGCACUCGUUGUGUCAGACGAUGGAAAACGGGUCCACCAUGGAGACGUCUGGAAGAAACUCCCGUACCAGUCCAAAAGAUUUGAACCCGCUAUUAAUGUCCUGGGGAAGCAGGGCUUCUCCUGUGGAAGAUUUCACUAUGAUGUUCAGGUUAAAGGGAAGACUGCUUGGACUCUUGGAGUUACCAAAGAAUCAGUCAACAAGAAGGUGGAACUGAACCUAAACCCAGAAAAUGGCUACUGGACCAUUCGUCUCCAGAACAAAAAAGAGUUUGUUGCUCUCACUAACAAACCGGUUCCUCUGUCUGUGGGAUAUAAACCAGAUACGGUGCGGCUGUUUGUGGAUUAUGAAGAGGGUCAAGUAUCAUUUUAUGAUGUUGAUUCUGCAGUUCUGCUACAUUCCUUCUCUGGGUGCUCCUUUACUGAAACACUCUACCCAUUCUUCAGUCCAGGUCCAAAUGAUGAUGGCAGGAACUCUGCUCCUCUUAUUAUCUCUUCUCAACAUUGAGAAAAGUCCCGCAUUUAUUGGUCUUUUUGUCUUUUCGAUUUAAUGCAAAUGUGCAAUUUUAUUGGGUGUACUUUGUAUUUAGCAGAACUUUGACUCUUGGUGUUUUUCUUACAUGCAUAAUAAUAAUGGGGAUGUUUAUACAAAAUAUAAAUUUUUAAUGAAUAUAAGUCUAAUGAAAACAUCAUGAAAAACUGUUCUCCUUUGUAUAACAAAGAAAGAAUGCAUACAGGGAGAAGAUACAUAGGUAGGAAAAGUAAAAGGAUCAACUGGAAGACAGCAGUAGAGUAAUAAAACUACAAAUACGUGUAAUUUCGUCUUUACAUAUAACAUGGAUAUCUAAUGCAAGAAUAAAUGUUUAUGGAAAAAUACUAUAGCAAUAUACUCAGUAAAAAUGUCUUUUUAUUAGAAAUUAUCUGCAUAAUUUCAUAUUUUGCCAUUUUAUUUAUCAAAGAUUUGAUAAGUUUCAGUCAUUUAUAAAGAAGGUGUUGAAAAAUACAGUUUCAUCAAUAUAUGUUGAUGAGAUUUUGUAGAUCACCAUUAAUAUAGCACCGAGAACAAUGAGAGGAAGCAAUUUUCUGGCCAGAAACAUU